AUCAACGUGUUGUCUAGGUCAACUAGGAAACAGGUAUCUAAUUGAUCCGCAACAAUGUCUGGCGCAGUGGGUCGUGAAGCUGUCUUUCCGACCCGCCAGUCGCUCGGGUUGAUGAAGAGCAAGCUCAAGGGUGCGGAAACCGGCCAUAGUUUGCUAAAGAGAAAGAGCGAAGCAUUAACCAAACGAUUUCGCGAGAUCACGAGACGAAUCGACGAAGCAAAGAGGAAGAUGGGCCGUGUUAUGCAGAUUGCAGCUUUCUCUCUAGCUGAAGUUACAUAUGCCGUUGGAGGAGAUAUCGGUUUUCAGAUCCAAGAGUCGGCGAAGUCAGCUCGCUUCCGGGUCCGAACAAAGCAAGAGAACGUGUCCGGAGUGCUGCUCCCGCAGUUCGAGAGUGUUAUCGCAGAGAAUGCAAACGACUUUGGCUUGACCGGUCUCGGCAAGGGUGGACAGCAAGUGCAGCGAUCACGAGAGACAUAUGCACGGGCAGUAGAAACUCUUGUCGAGCUUGCCAGCUUACAAACUGCAUUUGUCAUUUUAGAUGAGGUCAUCAAGGUGGUGAACAGAAGAGUAAAUGCUAUCGAACACGUUAUCAUUCCCCGUACGGAGAACACUAUAAAAUAUAUCAACUCGGAGUUGGACGAACUUGAUCGCGAGGAAUUCUACCGAUUGAAGAAAGUGUCGAAUAAGAAGCAAAGGGACACGGCCGCCCAGGAUGCCGAAAUCCUUGCAAAGCGACAACAAGAAGCUCAGCAGGCGAAAGCAGAAGAGUCGAAGGGCGACGUUGCUGUUACAGCGACAGAGGAGCAAGCUCCAAGCGAUGUGCUCGGACAAGAGGACGAGGAUGUCAUCUUUUAACGGUUCAUUUUGAGCUCAUGUAGCCAUUUUACUCGGAUUCACAUUCACGGCGCUUGUCUAGGUUGUUUUCAUUUAUAUUCACGAGUUUAUAUUUCAUCGUAUCGAUGAUUAUCUUUCACACUCCUUGGCUUUCCCUCUCUUUCCCACUCACCCCCUCGCCGCUUUUACUCAGUGAGUAGAACCAAGCACAUUUAGAUCAAUGAGUCUUAAAUAAGGCUUCGCAUUUGGUCGCCUUACUUGUCAAAAAUAGGCCCCUAAUGGGGGGAAGGGUAAGCAAUCGAACAUCAGGAUAGUAUGUGGGCUGUGCAAGCUAUAUUCUGUUUACUCCAGGUUCAAUCCUGAAUACGUAGUACCUAAAGAAUAUGGAAUGCCAGACUUCGUAUGACGGUGAAAGAAAAGCGACUAGCAAGUUUUG